AUGACAGCUGAGAUUACUGAGCAGAUAAAAAAGAUUCGUGGCCAAAUCCUUAUAGCCCAAAGCCGUCAGAAGAGUUAUGCUGAUCAAAGGCAAAAGACUUUGGAAUUUGAAGAAGGGGAGCAUGUCUUUCUGAAGGUUACACCAACCACCGGAAUAGGAAGAGCUAUUAUGACUAAGAAACUGAAUCCCCGAUAUAUUGGAUCAUUUAAGAUCCUGAAAAGAACUGGGCCGGUGGCUUAUAGAAUUGCUUUACCGCCGUAUCUUUUGAACUUGCACAACGUGUUUCAUAUAUCACAGCUUCGGAGAUAUACUCCUAAUGCAAGUCAUGUUCUGGAAUUGGAACCGAUUCAAGUGAGGGAAGAUCUAGCACUUCUAGUAAUUUCGGUAAGGAUUGAUGACACUAGCGUUAAACGAUUACGCAGGAAAGGAAUAUUAUUGGUAAGAAUAGCUUGGAGUUGA